ACUUAGCCGACAGCGACCGGGAAAAGAAACUCAUCAACACAACCAGAAGCGUCUCUAAUCAUGAGAUUCUUGUCCGUCUUGACUGUUGGACUGUUGGUUUGGGUCGGAGUGUUUGCAACCGUAAACGCGGAAGACCCCCGUACCGAGCUGAUAGGUUGCGGCAGUGUUUUGUUUCACCUGGCAGCGAAUCGGCUGUCCCUUCAGCUUGAAGAAUUUGCUGUCUGUAAGCGGUCAAACCCUGGCUACGAUUGCAGCGACAGUAUUCACCGGGCAAUUAGCGACCUUCAGCAGGGGCUGUUUGACUUCAACCACUGUACAAAGGAUAUUCGCUAGCAAUGCUUAAAAGCUAACCUUUUUAUCAUCUACUUAGUACGAACACGUGUAAAAUUUGCCCUCAGAAAAGGUGCGAAAAAGUAAAAAAUAAAUACUACAACGCACUUUUCAAAA